AAAAAAAAAAAAGUCGCCCCUUCAUCAUCAUUUAAAUAAAGGGACAAAAAUUAUCCAAAAAAUAUGAGGGGCUCAGUGGAAUACUGGAAUAGUGUUAGUACAUUCCUGAAUCUCGCAAACGCUUAGCCACUUAACACUAGAAACCCUAAAUCCCAAAAAUGAGGAAAUUGUGGGUGAUAUUUGUUGCUUCGAUCUCGAUACUUCUUCCAUUUCUGUGCAAUUCUUUCUCUUCCGAGACGCCGACCGAUCGCCGAGUCCUGGUCCUUCUUGACGAUUUCGCCAUCAAGUCGUCUCACUCUCUCUACUUCAAUUCCCUCAAAUCACGUGGCUUCGACCUCGAGUUCAAACUCGCUGAUGAUCCCAAGAUUGCCUUGCAACGCUACGGCCAGUAUCUCUACGAUGCCUUGAUCCUCUUCUGCCCCUCUGUUGAACGUUUUGGAGGAUCUAUUGAUCUUGCUGCCAUUAUCAAUUUUGUUGAUUCGGAUCAUGAUUUAAUCAUCGCGGCGGAUGCUAAUGCUUCUGAUUUGAUUCGGGAAGUUGCUACUGAAUGUGGAGUUGAUUUUGAUGAGGAUCCUUCGGCCAUGGUUAUUGAUCACACUAGCUAUGCGGUUUCUGAGACAGAGGGAGAUCAUACAUUGAUUGCAAGUGAUGAUUUUAUUGAAUCUGAUGUGAUAUUAGGAAGCAAGAAAAUUGAAGCUCCUGUACUUUUCCAGGGCAUUGGCCAUUCAUUGAAUCCUGCCAAUAGCUUGGUGUUAAAUGCUCUCUCAGCUUCUCCAUCUGCCUAUUCAGCUAAUCCCAAGUCUAAGUUGUCAGCUCCACCAUCGUUGACUGGUUCUGCUAUUUCCUUAGUUUCAAUUGUUCAGGCAAGGAACAAUGCACGGAUUCUGAUUACUGGCUCACUAAGUAUGUUCAGCAAUCGAUUUUUCAGAUCUAGUGUGCAGAAGGCUGGGAACCCAACCAACAGACAUGAGAAAUCGGGUAAUGAGCAAUUUUUGGCUGAACUUAGCAAAUGGGUUUUCCAUGAAAGAGGUCAUCUUAAGGCUGUAAAUGUAAAACACCACAAAGUUGGAGAAACAGAUGAACCUGCCUUAUACAGGAUUAAUGAUGAGUUGGAAUACUCAGUUGAGAUCUAUGAGUGGUCUGGAACAAGCUGGGAGCCAUAUGUUGCUGAUGAUGUUCAAGUGCAGUUUUACAUGAUGAGCCCCUAUGUUUUGAAAACUUUAUCAAAUGACAAAAAGGGUCUCUAUUCCACAUCAUUUAAGGUUCCGGAUGUUUAUGGUGUUUUUCAAUUCAAGGUUGAAUACCAAAAGCUUGGGUAUACAAGUUUAACCCUUUCAAAGCAGAUUCCUGUUAGGCCAUAUAGACACAAUGAAUAUGAAAGAUUCAUACCAGCUGCUUACCCCUACUAUGGAGCUGCAUUUUCUAUGAUGGUCGGAUUCUUCAUCUUCUCCUUUGUGCAUCUAUAUAGCAAGUAGACUAAGCAUCCCUAGCAUGCAGGCCGAAUUUUGAUUGAGCAAUGAUGCUAUAGAAAUGUUUUGGAUUUUGAUGCAUUAUGUUGUUGAAUGGUUAGAGAAAAUGCCUUGAGAGUUAUAUCUAUCGCUGUAGAAAUGUUUUGGAUUUUGAUGCAUUAUGUUGUUGAAUGGAUGCCUUGAGAGUUAUCUAUCAUUUUGAUGCUGUAGAAAUGUUUUGGAUUUUGAUUCAUUAUGUUGUUGAAUGGUUAGAGAAAAUGCCUUGAGAGUUAUCUAUCAUUUUCCCUUGCCUUCUCUUUCGCUUCGUUAUCAUAUUUCAGAAAUGCUUUUAUAUCAUACCCAGUGAUUCCCACUUAUCGGGUUAGAAAGUUGUCUUUGGUAAAACCUACAUGACAAUAGUAGCAUAGGUGAUUAGUUGAUAUGCUGAAAAUACUAAGAAUUGCAAGAAGCAUGGAAUUGGGUUUUGAGUAUCAGUAAGUACAUUUGAAAAUGAUGUAAUUAUCCAAAAAAAAAAGUGAAAUUAGCUUAGCGGUGAUGGAUUAAUUUUCUUAGUUUUAAUACUGGAUGUGUGCCUUGCCCACCUCGUCGUGGAUGCGAAAAGGUGUA